AUGCUUCCCAAGCCCCUCAACCUCAAACAGAGACUCGCAGCACUCACUCAGUCUCCAGUGUCAUCUCCCACGUCGUCCUACGCGCCCGACUCCCCUCUACGCUCCCCUUCGUCCAAGCGCAGAUUUAACCCGCCAUGGAUGAAACGCGCAGCCCCGCAGGAUGACUACGACAUGCCAUACGAAGAAGAGAGGUUGCAGCAAGUCAUCAACAAGAUGAUAUAUCAAGCUGGAGUUGAUUACGAAACAAGACCAAUGGUGGUCUUGAACGCAUCGGCCAUGCCAGAUGCACAAGAAGUCAGCUAUGACCUCCUACUGGUCCGAAUCCUGUCGUAUCUCGACCUAUACGUCGAAUCCGACUACACUGUCAUAUUCUUUGCGGCGGGGAGCAAGCAUACGCCAGGGUGGAAUUGGGUGUGGAAAGCUUACCGCAGUUUGAGCCGCAAGUACCGGAAAAAUCUGAAACGAUUGUAUAUCGUUCAUUCUAAUUUCUUUUCCAAAAUGCUUUUCUCUCUCGCUGGUGCAUUUAUCAGCCCCAAGUUCUUUCGCAAGAUCGUCUACGUUGACACACUGUCUGAGCUUGCACAUUCAGUGCCACUGACUCAAAUUGACGUGCCGCCGGCUGUCUACCAACAAAACUUGAAACAUGAGCGGCAUAUCAAGCUGCCUGUGCCAACGCACGCAAGUCUGUUUGGAGUGCCUCUGGAAGAGUUGAUGGGCUAUGACGGCGAGAAAGGCGGGGUCCCGCGUGUGGUCAGGGACUGCAUACAAUAUCUGCGUGAAACUGGUUUGACGGACGAGGGCCUGUUCCGACGGUCUCCGAGCUCUGCACUUCUCCGUCAAGUGCAGGAGGCAUACGAUCGAGGUCAUAAUAUAUCCUUGGACACCUUCGGCGACCCUCACCUUGCGGCCGUUCUUCUGAAGAAAUAUCUGCGUGAUCUACCAGAACCUCUGUUUACCGAGACUUUGUACCCAAUCAUCAUGCGGUGUCCUGCACCCACGGACGAUCCCACCGAUUGGACAAGUUUAAUGUACAUCCGCGACACUCUACUCCCUGAGCUCCCACGUUGUAACUAUAUUCUGCUCAGUCACGUCCUUCAUUUGAUGCACGAGGUGGCUCUCCGCUCCGCGACGAACUUUAUGGACGCUCACAACCUCGCCGUAGUCCUGUGCCCCAAUCUCGUCAAAAGUCCCUCCCCUACGCGGGACGUGAUGAUGUGUGCCGUCCCUGGUCCGACACUAUACGCGUCUCAGCCUACAGCAAGCGCCCCUCAAGAGGGUCGGACAACGCUUGGCAUGGUCAUCAAGCUAUGCAUUGAGCGGUAUUAUGAGGUCUUCGACGAGAUCUACGACCGCAGCGAGGCACUGCCACCUGCACGCUCCUUCGCAGAUGACGCCAUGCCUUCGACGCCGUCUUCAGGAUCUUCGAGCCCGCGCCUACCAGGUCAGAGGAGGCAGUCCAUACAGACGAAUCCGCGGGACAGUAGGGGGUUCGACGAUGACGAGGACAUCGACGACGCAAUGCUCGUCAUGCCGAUCGGGCCCGCCGGCGCCAGCUCGGGCCAGGCUUCUCCCCCGAGUGCGUGGGGCGUCGGAAACGGCGGCACGAACGGCUACCGCCCGAGACACCGUACAGGGCUCUCAAAUGGAGACAACGCGCAUCAGUCUUCCGGCGUGCGCUCGAUGCAUACCGUCGUGAGCAACCGGAACGGUGGCGGCUUCGCGUCUGCGGGCCGUGCCAAGUCGACGAUCAGCAUUGAGAAGGGGCAUGGGGGAACGGUGAGGAAAGGGUCCAUUGCUGUGGGGAGGGGGACGACGAGUAAGUCGGCAGGUGCUGGGGUGGAGGCGGUGGGAAUUACGGCUGCUGGAUUCUUUGCGCCUCCAAACUCGGUGCCGCCAGUGCCUUCGGUACCGGGUAGCGGAACGAGUCAGGGGGAGUCGAUGUAACGGCGGGAGCUGAUCUCUAUUACGGGGCCAUCGGGCGAGGGGGUGCUUGUUUGGGAGUAGUGUGUGUGGGAGGGGGACGGCUCCUCGGAAGAGAGCUUUGGAUUUUUCUCUAUCUUUCUUAGUCUAACGCACUCUGCUGUCGCUGGCGUACACCGUUGUGGUCACGGAUAAUUUUCUAGCUUACCUUGGUC